CAAAUCUUGCUCACAGUAGUGCCUUUCGGCGAGCGAUCUUUUAUUUGUGUUUGAAGGUCAGCUGUCCCGGUUUGUUGUGUUGGCAUAAAAAUAUUUCCUCUGCAUCAAUAACUGAGCGUUACUAUCGAGUGCGAAGAUUGCUGAUUUAAGAAAGAUCGUGAUACCGCUGGAACAAUGAAGUUAUUUAUGUUUUUAUUUAUAUUGUCAUGGAGCGACGUUCUAGGAUUUUAUGUACCAGGAGUCGCCCCUGUAGAAUUCAAGAAAGGAAGUCCUGUGGAAGUAAAGGCUGUGAAGAUGACGAGUUCGCAGACUCAGCUGCCAUACCGGUACUAUUCUCUGAAAUUUUGUAAUCCACAAGGUGGUCCUGUGUAUAAAACUGAAAAUCUUGGAGAGAUUUUGAGAGGCGAUCGAAUUGUUUCCACUGCAUAUGAAGUAUUUAUGAGCAAGGAUAUUUCCUGCCAAUUUGUGUGCAACAAUGCUUCAUCUCCACUCAGCUGGUCAGAAGAGGACUCACAAAAUGCUAUUGAUAUGAUUAAACAUGACUACUAUGUGCAUCUUAUUAUGGAUAAUCUACCAAUUGCCACAAAAUUCAACCAUUUGGAAACAGGAGAUGUUGUGUAUGAACGUGGUUACAAGCUUGGUUUUGUCAAAGGAGAAGAGGUUUUCAUCAACAAUCACUUGGACUUCAUUCUCUCAUAUCAUGCUGAACCUAACAGUGAUGCAUUCAAGGUGGUUAGAUUUGAAGUUGUCACUAAAAGCAUAUCUCUCACUGACAUCAAACCAAGUGGAGGACCACAAGGAUGUAUUGUUCCUGAGCAAUUUUUGCCACAAAAACUGGUGCCUAAAGGUAAAAAUAAUAUCGUGUUCUCAUACUCGGUGACAUGGAAAGCAUCAGACGUUCACUGGUCAUCAAGAUGGGACAUUUACUUGCACAUGACCGACCUGCAGAUUCAUUGGUUCUCUAUCAUCAACUCCCUUGUGGUGGUCUUCUUCCUCUCUGGCAUUCUCACCAUGAUCAUGGUCCGCACUCUCCGCAGGGAUAUUGCAAGGUACAAUGCUGAUGACGUGUUUGAAGAAAGCAUGGAGGAAUCAGGCUGGAAAUUAGUCCAUGGUGAUGUGUUUCGACCUCCUCGCUUCCCAAAGCUUUUUGCUGCUCUCGUGGGCUCAGGUGUUCAGAUCUUGUGCAUGGCACUCAUCAUCUUGGUGCUAGCCAUGUUUGGCAUGCUGUCCCCAGCAAGCCGAGGCGCUCUCAUGACUGCUGGCAUCUUCCUCUAUGUGUUCAUGGCCCUUGUUGCUGGUUACAUGUCUGGCCGCUUGUACCGAACCCUGCGUGGCCAGCAGUGGAAGUCAGCAGCAUUUUGGACGGCUACAUUGUAUCCUUCAUACAUAUUCACGAUCGCCUUCUUCCUCAAUUUCUUUGUGUGGGGAAAAGAGUCUAGCAGUGCAAUACCUAUUCCUACUAUGCUGGCUCUUUUUUCUCUUUGGUUCUUUGUUGCCAUGCCUCUUACUUUCAUCGGCUACUUCUUUGGAUUCCGGAAGCAAGCAUAUGAGCAUCCCGUUCGCACCAACCAAAUUCCCCGGCAGGUCCCUGAACAGGUAUGGUACAUGCACCCAGCUCUGUGUCUGCUCAUGGCCGGUAUUCUGCCUUUCGGUGCCAUGUUCAUUGAGCUCUUCUUUAUUCUUUCUGCUAUCUGGGAGAACCAAUACUAUUACCUCUUCGGCUUCCUCUUCCUGGUGUUCCUGAUCCUCGUGAUCAGCUGUGCACAGAUCAGCAUUGUUAUGGUGUACUUCCAGUUGUGUGGAGAAGACUACCAUUGGUGGUGGCGGUCCCUGGUCACUUCAGGAGGCUCAGCGUUCUACAUCGCUCUGUACUCCAUUUUCUACCUGGUUACCAAGCUUGAGAUAUCAGAAUUCGUGCCUCUCCUUCUCUACUUUUCCUACACGUCCAUUAUGGUCGUGUCGGUAUGGGUGCUUACUGGCACCAUUGGCUUCUACUCUGCUUAUUGGUUCAUUAGAAAGAUCUAUGCUGCUGUCAAAAUUGACUAGGCCAUUGAUGCUGCUUUGAAAACUUCAUCAUUCGAAUGAACAAGGUUCAAUAUAAAAGUUACAUAAUCAUUUUCAUUUAUUAGAAGCGUGAAUAAAUUUUUGAUUACCAAGGUUGAAAAACCUUGAAGCAUUUUACAUCAAAGCCUAGCACCUUGUAUCAUGAAUUAAAUUAGAACUUGACAUAUCGAAGGACUUCGUAGUUCAGCUACUUUGCUGUUGUGCAAUUCUGUGUUAUUAUUUUGAAUUAUUUCGAUUGAAGUUGUGGGAUGUAGCAAUUAUU